CUUUAAAAUGAGCGACGAACGAUCGCCGUAGCUCAGUCGUUGCAUUUGCUUCGAGAAAAGCGUGAACUUAGUAGACAAGAUGCAUUACGGUAUCUGUUGGCUAUGUGCAGGAUUGCUAUUACUUGUUGGUGGACAGCUAACCGAGGCCGCGAUAGGGCAUGUUUUUUACCACAACGAUGCGCACCCUGGUAAGUGCACGGUCAGUGAGACAGUUAUUCUCUCACCAGGUGAAAAGACGAUAACAUCGGGCAUUUGUGCGCGAAUUACUUGUGAAAAUGAAGAGGGUCUAGCCGAAAUUGCUAGUUGUGGGUCCCAGGCGCCAUUAGAAGGCUGCGAAUGGGGCGAUCCUAAGGAUGAGAAGGCUCCAUAUCCGGAAUGUUGUGAACGCCAACAGAUUUGCCCCUAGAAAAUAAAAGCAUAACGAUGGCAUCAAGUUGAUAUUCGAUUACUCAAAUAUAAAGUGAUUUAAUGUUUAUGGUUUAUUGCAUUUACGACUUCCUAAUAUAACUUGUACGUAUGGAACUCGGUAUAUUAAAUAAAGUGGUUUUGGAGGUAAUAGAA